GUUUCAGAUCACGAACCGACACAUCCUCUGCUCAUCGUUUCUUCUUGACUUUAUUCAUGGUGGUGUUUAGCUCAUGAUUUUGGAUGUUUUGAGAACUAUUAGAACUUUCUCCAGAGCUCAAAAUCUUCCAAGUUCUGGUUUUUAUUCGAUAAGUACAAGUAAAAUGCGAGAUAUCAAAGUCAAAUCUGAUUCUAAAGAGUUUCUAACGUCAUCUGAUGAAGAAGAAGAAGCAGUUCAGAUUAUUGAAUCGGUUUCCAUAAGAGAGUCGUCAUUGAGUGUUAAAUCGACACCUGAGAUUGAGAAAAAGUAUGUUCAUCGGGUAUACGAUGCGAUUGCUCCACAUUUCAGCUCUACUAGGUUUGCUAAGUGGCCUAAAGUUGCUGCCUUUCUUGAAUCGUUGCCUCCUGGGUCGGUGAUUCUUGAUGCGGGUUGCGGGAAUGGGAAGUAUUUGGGGUUGAACCCGAGUUGUUUCUUUAUAGGAUGUGAUAUAAGUCAUCCGUUGAUUAAAAUCUGUUCGGAUAAAGGGCAAGAGGUUUUGGUUGCAGAUGCUGUGAAUCUUCCUUAUAGAGAGGAGUUUGGUGAUGCAGCAAUCUCGAUAGCGGUUUUGCAUCAUUUAAGUACCGAGAAUAGAAGGAAGAAAGCGAUUGAAGAACUUGUUCGGGUUGUUAAGCCAGGGGGAUUUGUUCUGAUUACGGUUUGGGCUGCAGAGCAGGAAGACACAUCGUUGCUCACCAAAUGGACACCCUUGUCUGCAAAGUAUGUUGAGGAAUGGGUUGGGCCAGGUAGUCCAAUGAACAGCCCUCGUGUGAGGAACAACCCGUUCUUUAGUCUUGAGAGCAUCCCAGAGACUGAGGUGAGUGCAAAGGAGCAAAAGGCUGAGAACAGCCAGUUCAUCGGUCUUGAGAGCAUUCCAGAGAGCGAGGAGAGCACGAGAGAGCAAAAAGGUGAGAGCAUUAUCCCAGAGACCAAAGCUAGCAUAGUAGAGCAAAAGGAUGAGAACUCUGUUGAAGAGUCAUUGGAGGCUCUGAAGAAGAGUCAACAAGAGUACUUUGUUCCAUGGCAUUUACCGUACCACCGUGCUGAAGUGAGUGGUGCAUCUGCGUCUGCACUUGCAAGUGGGCUUGCAAAGAAAGACGAUAGAAAAGGAGCUGUUGUGUACAACAGAUACUACCACGUCUUCAGUGAAGGCGAACUUGAAAGGUUGGCAUCUGGAGUAGGCAAUGCAAUGAUAGUUGAUAGAUUUUACGACAAGUCGAAUUGGUGUAUUGUUCUUCAGAAAGCAGCUUUAAACCAAGAUUGAUCUCUGGUUUCAAACUCAGAUAUACUUUCCAAAUCUUUGCGACAUUGGAACUCCAUUGCAUAUGUAAUCGAAAAUUAUCAUUGCAUUUUUCAUGGUUGUAGUUUGAGAUUCUGUGGCAGCUCAUUUUCCCUGCAAUUUGUUGGCUUUAAGGGGUUUUGUAUCAUGUGUAACACAAAUGAAAGCAAGAAUUUCUC